GAGUAUAGUACAGCAUCUGAUGUAUAUUAUUUUGGUAUCGUGGCAUAUGAAAUUGUAUCAGGUUUACUAGCAUUUAAUGAUAUACAACAUGAUAUCGAAUUGCACUUAAGAUUUUAUUAUAGUGGUUUGCGUCCAAGUAUUCCAAAAUAUGUACCAAAAUUAGUUUCCGAAUUAAUUGUUAAAUGUUGGAAUGCUCAGCCAGUUCAAAGGCCUACUGCUAAAGAAAUAUGUGAUAUUAUAAAUUCGUGGAACAAUGAUAAAUCAAGUGAAAUAAUCGCACAAAUAAUGAAGGCUGAUGAAACUUUCGAAAAUCUUUUAAUAUCUGAUGCAUUGGAACCUUCUCACUUCAAAAUCAAUCCUGAAGCAAUUUAUAGAAGCAGAUUGUUCGAUUCUUUAUCAUCUAGAAAUAUUACUGCUGAUAGUAACG